AAAUGAUAGUAGUUUAGACGUCAUAUCGCAGUGAUUCAUUUUUAAAAUGUAAACAAACAUUGUUUAUUUAUUCAGUGAAAAAACUCCGAAUUCCUACGCACCAUGUCUAAAAUAAAGAUUGCUUGUUCUGUGCCUGUGUUUGGUUUAUUAGUGUUGUUAUUAUUGAUUGUAAAUGUUAUUUGCAAUACGGUGAUAAGCGAACAUCAACACGUUCAUUGUACUCAUGAACACCCAAAAGAAGACCAAGUAAUCCGUGGUGUACAUAUAGAGCCACCGCAUUUAGUGAAGAAGAGGAGUAUAGACCAACCCUUAAGAAUAAGUAUAGUGUAUGACCAUUCAGUUUAUAGGUUAGAACCAGAGAAGUUUGAUAUGAUCAAUAAUACAAUUCUGCCUGAAGCUGUCAAGUUUUGGGAGAAAGCUUUGAAAGUGAGGAAGACAGGUGGACCUAUCAGAUUAAAUAGAAAAUGUCCCACAAGGCAGGUGUUCGUGCGUGGUGGCAGGUCCCAUUGCAUAGACUCAUGCAGUGCAGAAACAAUGUGCGGCGAAGUACGGGUACCGGAGUACCAUUUGAACCCAUGCUACGUAUGCAAUAGUACGGGACACAACUGUCGGGCGCUGCCGAGACUUAAGACGAAGGUCUUCGAAGACGAGGUGACCAGCGACCUCAAUGGCAACGCGUUGGACAAUAGUACACAAGUUUUUUUUUCUUCAGCAAUCGAGGAAGAAGAGGAACCUGAGGGUGUGGAGGACACUGAUUUCGUGCUGUACGUGAGUGCUGUGGAGACGGAGCGGUGUCGCCGUGGUCUGACGGUGGCAUACGCGUCCCAUUGCCAGCAAGAGUCUGCUUUAGAUAGACCCGUGGCCGGUCACGCCAACUUCUGUCCCGGGGAGCUCUCCACAAAGUACAGAGACAUGCCCUCAGUGCUCUCCACGGUGAAGCAUGAAAUGCUACACGCUUUGGGUUUCAGCGUAUCGCUAUUUGCUUUUUACAGAGAUGAUGAUGGUGAACCUCUUACUUUGCGACGACCAGAUACAGGCAAUCCUCCACUGGACGAAGAACUGCAAAUCCAUAAAUGGUCAGACAGGGUUGUUAAGAAUGUCACACGCAAGAGGUGGAUGAUCCGUGGUGGAUACAUGGACAGGACCUUCCACAUGGUCGUCACGCCUAGGGUUGUUAAAGAGGUGAGAGAACAUUUCAAUUGUUCGGAGUUGGAAGGUGCAGAGUUGGAAGACCAAGGUGGCGACGGAACCGCGCUCACUCACUGGGAAAAAAGAGUUUUCGAGAACGAAGCUAUGACCGGCACGCACACCCAGAACUCAGUCUUCAGCAGGAUAACCUUCGCAAUGCUGGAGGACACGGGCUGGUAUCGAGCUGAUUACGACCACGCCACCCCCUUGGACUGGGGGAAGGGGCUGGGCUGUCAGUUCGCGAUGACGUCAUGCAAGCAGUGGCUGAAUGCUCAAAGGUUGAGACGCAAAAAUCCAGCGCCGUUUUGCGAAAGAAUCAAAGGGAACCCUCUGAGGACUGAGUGCUCCCCGCGCAGGUCUGCUGUGGUGCUGUGCAACUUGGUCCGCCAUGACACUAUCCUGCCGAGAGCAUAUCAGCACUUCGAUGUCCUGCCGAGCGUGCCACCGGGAGAUGAGGCACACUACGGCGGCUCCGUGUCGCUGGCCGACUACUGCCCGUACCUUCAGGAGUUCACGUGGAAACACAAGAGCGUCCUAGUCAGGGGCAGCAGAUGUGUUUACGAGGAGAAUACACCAAAGACUGAUGUUAAUUUCGCAUUAGAGAACUACGGCCAACAUUCUAAGUGUUUCGACCAUAGCGACAAAGUUUGGGAGCAGAAAUCUUGUCGUCAGAUAAGAGAAUGGCAGCAUUGGGGCUCGGGUUGUUAUAAAUAUAAAUGCGUGAGCGGUCGACUGCACAUUGUGGUUGGUAAUUAUUCCUACACUUGCUAUCACGCCGGUCAAGUUCUUCAAGUGAGGAUCAUCACUAAGGGUUGGCUGCACAAGGGCGGCGUCGUCUGCCCGCCCUGCAAGGAACUCUGUGGCGAGGAAUUUGCUUCUCGCCACGAAUACUGCAAGGUCGGAGAAGAAGCAUUACCACCGAACUUGUAUCCGAACGAUGUGCUCACGUGCGGCGUUCCCGCGCUUUCACCCGCCGCCAUCUUGUUUUCUUCCGCCAUUUUGUUGACGAUCCUCCACGUGUUCUGAUAUGAUAUUGUGUGAUAUUGGGAAAUGUUUGUUUUAACGACAAUUUUUAUUGUAAUGUCGUGAUCGAAUGAUAUUUAUAUAUUGGAAUAUAGUAUUUGCGACCUCUCAGAAUUUUCAGGACUGUGUUCAAAACAUAGGAAAUUUUUUAUAUAUUUGGAUUUUAAUUUAAUUAUUUUAUAAAUGAUAAUGGAUGGGUGCACCCGCCUACGCUUAUGUUAUAUGCUAGCGCGGUAAGAAUGGAGAAUGAUAGGAUGAUCAUGAUAUC